GCGUAUCCUUUGGCACCCCUGCCUUUUACCACCACCCCGCUUCCAGUCUGUGGGUUACCUUUAACAUUAGAGUUUUGCAUCCGCAGCGAACUUUUGGCAUUUGCUCCCAGCCGGUCUGAGCGCAGGCUUCGCGCGGCGCCUUUGUCUUUAUGCAACUGGUGCAAUCGCCUUGACACUCUGCCAAGGAAGGACAGUAGGGGAGUCUGCCUUGCGACCCCCGCAAACCCAUUGCUGCCCAAUUACGGAGACCAUUAACUGGCAGCACUGAGAGAGGAUAAAAACUGUCCGCCCCCGUCCUGCGCUUGGUAAAGUCCAGAGUCAGUUCCCACGUGGAGAGUUCCAGUAGCGCCCUGCCGCCCUCCCGUCGUUCAUUUCCUCGAUUCCGCUGUGAACAACCGUUGAUAUCCAUAAUACACACAAGCGCCAUGGAGUCACCAUUAUUGUCCCCAACAUCAUCCCCACCCGACUCACCUCUCGACUCACCCCUCAACUCACCCAUGGAAGGCUUGGAAUCUACGCACCUAGAUAAUAUGGUUCCACAGCCAGCAGAAUCGGCAGACGGCCCAACGCCAUUGGGCCGUGCGCCAGAUUCUUUUCCUUGCUUUUGGACGCUACUCUCCUACCAGUCGCUGCGCUUUCUAUAUUUACCCACGUCGCUGAAGGAGCGGGUAUCUCAGACGGGAAUGUCGGCCGACUCUUUGUUAGGACAAAGCCUAUUCGAUUUCCUUCAUCCCGCUGAUGCACACCUAAUUCAAAGAGAUUUCCGCUGCUUUAUGGAUUUGCGAACUUUACAGGGGAGCAUCAUAAGAUGCCGUAUAAGACAUCCGUUCGCCGAUCGCGCCCGGCAGGUUGAUUACGCUCUACGAUUGCAGCCUUUUUCCCUUCAAGAAGCACUGGAAUUUCCCAAACUUGAGCCCACUCUAAACUUCCUCCAUAGAGAAGAUGACUAUAUUCUUGCAGACAUUGGUGUAAAUGCAAUUAAUGAGGAAUGCGUACUCGCUUUCUUCCAUGUUGGACGAGAUCACGGAGGAGCCCGUUGCGCGGAAUCCUGGAAAGGUGAAGCCCGGUGGUCAGCGAACGAGAUUGCGGAAUUGGGGUUGGGCCUGAAAGACAUGUUGAAGAAGAUUGAGGAAUUGGAUCGAACUGCUGAAAGUUCCCGAACAUUAGAUGCGGAAUCUGAUCCGGCUGCCUCCAAAUCACGCUGCAUCCAAGUGUUGGACUCGGAAGAUCUAAGCCUCCUCUUCGCAUAUCCAAAAGGCAGGCUUUCGUCAAUAUUGAAGACGGAUAUAGAGAAGUUCGUUCGGGAGCCUGACUUGCCGAGUCAAACUAUGCAUCCAGACGAUGCUCGAAGAUUUCGCGGCAUGCUAAAGAAAAAGCGGACAGCGAAACCGAGCAUCAAGAAGGAGAAUGUGGAUUUUCAGCCAGCAGAAGUUGAGAAACUGCACUGCACAAGUAGCCUAUUCUAUAUGCAGCAUCGCAUGCGCGUACUGGAUCAGGAAACAGCCAAAUCUGAACAUGACACUUAUAUAGAAGUUGAAAGCGUCGUUGUUCCUUACGGGAGUGUUCUGUUUAUUUGCACGCAAACUUUGGGGCCAAUCAUAAAAUGUGAACCAGGACAAGACACUUUGGAGUUUCUCCUUGAUUCGCCAGCGAAGACACAGGAGUGGGCAGACGAACACAAGCAUAAGAUAGAACUGCUGGAUGGCGCCAAGGAAAAAGCGAAGCAGUCGUCACAGGGCCCUCUUCAAUCCGCAGCAAAAUCUGGCCACAAUUUCCCCGGCUCUCUGUCGGGUCGCCAGAAUGCAGCACCCGGGGAAGAUGUAUUCGUGCCUUUAGAACAGGUGACAAGAAGGUGGAUUGAAGAUGCAGAGGCUCGUCGGGUGCUGAAUCCUGGACCAUACGAUUACUUGUCUGGCCGCCAUGGCCGGGGUCCGCUUGAGGCAAUAGGUCGAGGGAAAGGCUGGCCUCCGCAUGAUUCGUAUGGAUCAGGGGUAAUGCCCCCCGGCUACUAUGAGUAUUGGUAUGGCUUAACCUCUGGCAAAUCCGGGCACCGUCCAACGUCUCCUACUCAGCAAGGUUCCGCGACACCCGACGACCCAAAUCGCAAGACUGAUUCCCAGCCUUCUGGAAGCGAUGUCUCAUCAACUCUAGCACAAGCGUACGCGCAAUGGGAAAAAUUGGGAUCUUCAGGAACCGGACCAGCACAUGCGCACAUCCCAAAAGCGUACUACCCUCCUUCUGAGUUCGGACGGAUGCGGGCAUAUGGAUGGGAUGUACCAGCUGGUCAGGUUCCUGAAGGACAUCGUGCUCAGCUAUUUUCACAUGCCGGCAUAUUCCCAGAACGGGGAGAACGUAGAUAUUCGGAUGAUCUUGGGGGACGACCGUAUGCCGCCCCAAAGAAGGAAAUUAAGGCUAGGGUUUGCGAGAGCUGUCUUACUACCGAAAGCCCCGAGUGGCGCCGAGGUCCAAGUGGGCAAAAGACUCUGUGCAACGCCUGCGGCCUUCGCUACUCACGUAGCAUCGCCAAACAGCGAACUGGUUCAGUCGGACGGGGCGGCGGCGGCGGUCGUGCACCUCUUGCUAGCCCGGCAGUGGGCGGUGCCCAACCAGAUUAUCGUGAGGGUUUUGAGCGUGCUGCAACGACCACACCAGGAUGUCCAGCCCCUGGAACCCCCAUAUCAGCUGUUCGACCGCUGUCUGAGGAAUGGACCUCGGUUGGAGGAUACACAAAGCCAUAGUAUCUGCGUAGAGUUGAGGUGAACGCGACAGAAGCACACGCAAUUUCUUUCGUCAUAAAUUUGUGGCAUCUUUAUAUUUGAAGGGAGUUUUAUGACUCUCUCUUUUCUUUUUUAAUUCCAUGUAUAGUCCUUUUUUUGUGUUUAUGGAUGGGGCAGGACAUUCAGGUAUCACACACUGGUUGUGGACUCUGUUGGAGGGUUUCCUGUACAAAAUAGCA